CGAACCCCUCUCGAUGAUACUUGUGUGCAACGCCAAUGCAUCGAGCUGCAAGUCGGAGGCUGGGAGGGACGGUAACAUUCGCUCGGCUUUUGCCACAAAUUUGUCCUGGUCGCAUGCAUAGCCUGCCAACUCAGAGACCAUAUGUGACCGUAGAGUCUGGACGCACCAAUACUUCAGUAACAACAGACACUACCAUGGUCGCAUGAGGUUGCAGAGAUAUAUCUAUUGUAAGCCCCUAUGAAGUGAUAAUGCUACUGUCGUGUCUGAGGUUGAAUCAUAAUAAUAUUCCACCUGUCUGGCCUCUUGACCUCGCCGUCUCCUCGCCUUCCUCACUUGUCCUCAUGAAGAUGGUGUGGCCCAUCAUUUCCCGACCUACUCGGACCUUGCUCAUCAUCUUCGAGUCCAUGUUGUCGUGGUGCUUUGGUCCGGACCACCGUAUCGUGGUGCAAAUGAUGAGCUGAAGGAAAUGCUCCCGGCGUCUUUUCGUCAUGCCGAAGCAGAUGAUCCGGACUAGCUCGGCGGAUACACAGGAGCAGAAGUGUCACUCUUCAACUGGUGAGGUGCAUUGGUUCGAUAUGGUCCUCUGGGAUCUUUGGAGAGGUCGUGACUGUGGUCAAGCGUUGCGUCAGUCGGUGCAACUGGAUCUUGAGCGAUUGACCUCUCCCGGGGCUUGCUUCGGCUGCUUGCAGAUGAGGUUGGAGACGUGCACUCGGAUGAAUCUUCGGGGAUACAGGGAAGGUUUUCACCGGGUUCCGUAUCACAAGUGGUGGCCUUGCUGUGCGAUCGGGAAGUGCUCGCGGAUGUGGUCAUUGAGGGUUCGGUCUCAUACCCGCAGCAACUGCGUCUCCGAUGAUGUCCAUGAUUGAUGAGCUCGUGUUCGAUCUGAAUGAGGCUAUCAACUGGAUAGCAGCAGCCCCAUAACCUGUCAUCGCUGCGGGUUCCUUCGAUGUUGUAGAGAUUGCGAACAUUUGUACGCAGGUUGGAGAUGAAGAGACCAUAGACUAGACAUGUUAGAGUGUUUGACUCGCAAGGGGACACUUACAAGGCAAGCAGGCAGCAAAUCCCAAGCAGGGCAGAGAAAUGUCCGGGCCAUUCAGAGGCUUCGACUAGUAUUCCUCUUGUGUGUCCACGAUUCCUUUCUUGUUGACCUUGAAUCGAAC